CACGCUUAGCGACCACGGAACCACGGAGCCCUCGGGGGCGACGUUCAGGUGCCGAGGUAGACGGCGGCUUGCCCAACUGCCAGUGCUACGGCGACGUCACUCGGCCUCACAAAUGCAAUGAGCCUAGCUGAAAGCAUCACUCCCAAAGCGGCAUGCCACACCCCUUCCAAGGUCGUCUGUCAGGUCGAGGUUGGCAUGCAGUACAGCUUGCCUCUGGCUGACAAGUCUGUUGGGUGCUGCUUCAAAGCAUGGAGCGAGUCUAGGAGCGUGCAGACUACGGAGGCUGUGGAUCAGUUAAGCUCCACCUCAGGCCUCACAAAUGCGAUGAGCCUAGCUGAAAGCAUCACUGCCAAAAUGGCAUUCCAAGCCCUGUGCAAGGUCAUCGGUCAGGUCGAGGUUGGCAUGCAGUGCAGCUUGCCUCUGGCUGACAAGUCUGUCGGGUGCUCCUUCAAAGCAUGGAGCGUGUCGAGAAGCAUGCAGACUGCGGAGACUCUGGAUGACUUAAGCUCCACCUCAGCACCGAGGCCUUCAAUUUCUCAAUCAACUGCCACAUGUGACUACGAGGCUAAUAAACUGUUUCGUCUGGAAGCACAUGCCAGCAUCCAUACUGGCGAGAAGCCAUUUCAGUGCCCUUCAUGCCCUCGGAGCUUCUCAUACAGAACCAAGUUAAAAGUUCACCUGCGCAUCCACACAGCCGAGAAGCCAUAUGAGUGCCCGUCAUGUUCUCGGAGCUUUUCAGAAAAAUGCAAACUUAUGAAACAUCUGCGCACCCACACAGGUGAGAAGCCAUAUCAGUGCCCUUCAUGCUCGCAGAGCUUCUCAGAAAAGGGCAACCUUAUGAAGCACCUACGCACCCACACAGGUGAGAAGCCAUUUCAAUGCCCUUCAUGCCUUCAGAGCUUCUCACAAAAGGCCAGCCUGAAAUCCCACCUGCACACUCACACAGGCGAGAAGCCAUAUCAGUGCCCUUCGUGCUCUCAGAGCUUCUCCGGAAAGACCCACCUGAAAGAGCACCUGCGCACCCAUACAGGUGAGAAGCCAUUUGAGUGCCCUUCAUGCUCUCAGAGCUUCUCACGAAAGACAUACCUGAAAAUCCACCUGCGCACUCACACAGGCGAGAAGCCAUAUCAAUGCCCUUCAUGCACUCAGAGCUUCUCAGAAAAGUGCAACCUUAUGAGACACCUACGCACUCACACAGGCGAGAAGCCAUAUCAGUGCACUUCAUGCUCUCGGAGCUUCUCAGAAAAGGGCAAGCUUAUGAAACACCUGCGCACCCACACAGGUGAGAAGCCAUUUCACUGCCCUUCAUGCUCACAGAGCUUCUCAGAAAAGGGCAACCUUAUGAAGCACCUACGCACCCACACAGGUGAGAAGCCAUUUCACUGCCCUUCAUGUCUUCAGAGCUUCUCACAAAAGGCCAGCCUGAAAUCCCACCUACGCACCCACACAGGCGAGAAGCCAUAUCAGUGCCCUUCAUGCUCUCAGAGCUUCUCACGAAAGAACCACCUGAAAGAACACCUGCGCACCCACACAGGUGAAAAGCCAUAUCAGUGCCUUUUAUGCCCUCAGAGCUUCUCGCUGAAGAGUGUCAUGAAGGUACACCAGCGCAUUCAUACAGGUGACCGACCAUACAGUUGCACUGUAUGCUCCAGAACCUUUACACAGUCUCAUCACUUGAGCAGACAUAAGAGAGCACAGCACCAUGACACGCUAGAGUAGGUCAACAGCCAUCUUGAACUAGACUGUGAAUUACAAACCUACAGACAUGUAGCAUGUUGCAUAGUGUUCUACUGCAUCAGGUAGCAUAAAUGUCUCCCUGUGCUUUUAAAGGAGUUCUGGAACACUUUUUUCAGGUCACCAUAUUUGCUUUAGAUCUCUUCACAGCACGUCAUAGAACGUAGGUCAAAAGAAAUUAUGAAAACUGACCUACACAAUGCCGUUAUAGCUGAGAAAAAUAGAUACAGGUAAACUUCAAUAUAAUGAAGGCGGUAAAGUGUCGGCAAUUUGCUUUGUUAUAUUAGGGCUUUUCAUUUGAAAAGUAAUCGAUGUUCGUCCCUAUCUCAAAAAUUACUGUUUGCAUGCCCCUACAAACUACAUAUGUAUAUUCAUUGUAAUAUACAUAUGAACUUGUUCUUUUAGACCAAUUCAUGUAUUCGUUGCCUCUGGGUUCUGGUUUAUGUGGUUCAUCCUGGAGAUUUGUUAUCUUAUUCUAUUCACACCUGUUUCUUUUUCAGUUUUUUCUUGAAACUGGUACUUUUUUAGAGCAAUUGAUUGUUCAAUAAGUUUGCUUUCCACUGUCUGUUUCAUCAGAGCACCAAAUAAAUGCCUUAUUUAAUGAGUA